GGAACGUGUGACGUAGGCGGUCGGACUCGGAGGGGUUUAUUGUUCCUUUUCGUCGGAGAGCAAAAGAGGGGCUGGCUAAGCCUGUAUUUGUUUUGCAGGAGGUUUGGGAGUGAGAAGAGUUAGCUAGUCCACAGUACGAAGAAAGGUAGACAGAGCGUCCAGCUGCCAUGGCAUACGCGUACCUCUUCAAGUACAUCAUUAUUGGGGAUACGGGAGUGGGGAAGUCAUGUUUAUUGUUACAGUUCACAGAUAAGAGGUUUCAGCCGGUGCAUGACCUCACUAUUGGUGUAGAAUUUGGUGCACGAAUGAUCACUAUUGAUGGAAAACAGAUAAAACUACAGAUCUGGGAUACAGCCGGCCAGGAGUCCUUCCGAUCCAUCACGAGGUCCUACUACAGAGGUGCGGCUGGGGCGCUCUUAGUGUACGACAUCACAAGAAGAGACACCUUCAACCACUUGACAACCUGGUUAGAAGACGCGCGUCAACAUUCCAACUCCAAUAUGGUCAUCAUGCUUAUCGGAAACAAGAGUGACCUGGAGUCCCGGCGAGAGGUGGAAAAGGAGGAGGGGGAGGCCUUUGCCAGAGAACACGGCCUCAUCUUUAUGGAAACCUCUGCUAAGACAGCAUCAAAUGUAGAGGAGGCAUUCAUCAACACAGCAAAGGAGAUUUAUGAGAAGAUUCAGGAGGGUGUCUUUGAUAUAAACAAUGAGGCAAACGGCAUUAAAAUAGGACCUCAGCACGCUGCAACCAACGCGACACUUUCAGGAAGCCAGGGAGGACAGCAGGCUGGAGGAGGCUGCUGCUGAGGCCUCCGCGUUUCCACUUGACUGGUUGGGUGUACUAACCUUUUUCUUACCCUCCCCACUCCAGCCCAACCCAGCAAUUCGACUCAUUUACUAGAUGGCUGUCCGUCAAGAGUAAAGCCAAGUGCUUCACAAUCCCUGUUAAACCUUGAAGUCUGUCUGGGCUCCAACAGACACAGUUAACGUUCAUCUAAAAUGACGACAUUUUGAGGAUCGUAUUGAUAUAUUUUUUUUUUCCAGUCAGUUGUUGUGUUUCUUGAUUCUUAUUUUUUGUUAUGUUGCUUGUGCCCUUUUGACUUCAAUAAUGGAAUCAUAUUAAACACUACAAAGUCAUCCAAGUAUUUUAAUCAGUUCAUGUGGACAAAGUCCCCGGCUAUUUCGGUUACCUGAAGUAACAAAAAAAACUGUAGGACUGUCAGCCAGCCAUUUUCAAAGUGAAGACGAGAAGAAGAGCAGGACUGUUUUAAUUCUAUGAUAAUGUAUUUAUCAUUCACCUUUUUGUAAAUAUAGUUAUGAUUUCUUGCUUUGGUGUAUCUUGACCAAGUUACAAUACUUUACAGAAUUUGCUGAUAUUCUCUUACUGUACAAUUAGAGCUAUGAACUGCAACAGUAUUGCUAUACCUGCUUUGACAAACCUUUUUAAUCCUACUCCGCAGUUUCCCCUGUUUGGUCUUGCCAUCUGCCUUUUCCUUAUCUCUCCACUAACUCCAAACUGCUCAGUGUAUAGCAACGUUGGCUCAAUAUCCUUCUAUUUUAAUGCCAAAUUAUGUGAUCUAUAACCACAUCUCCAGAAACAGAUCACCCUCUCUCCAGAAAUGGAUCAGCUGUUUGCCUUAAAAGAGAUGCUGAUAUUUAUAGCAGAAGAAAGGUUAAUGCAUCAUUCAGUCUAGGGAGAUUCAUGCUAUAAUAAUAUAUCAUUUCUUAUCAGAAUUUAUUUUUCAGGUUAAUCUGCAACAGAGUUUUAGUGCAGAUCAAUAUUAAACUUUAGAUGUCUGUGGUUGUGUAAAGAUUUGCUUUUUUGGCAGUGUGUUCUGUUUAUGGAUAUAUGGUGAACAACUUGUCUAUUGUGAAAAGGGUGAUAAAAGCCAAACCUGGAGUAUCUAUGUGACCCUCAAAUUUAUUUGCUGUGUUGGUUCUUUUGAGAUGAAAUGUUACAACAAUGAAAAAUAAAUAAUCCUUGUGGAUUAUUUACACACACAUACAUACGGAAUAGAUAGAGACUUAUUUUAUGACAGUGUGAAAAUUAUGGUGGUCACUUUUUUCCUUUGCCUACUUGCUUUUUUUUGCAUUAAUCAUCUCUAAUUUAUUUUUCUCCAUACAAAUCUGCAUCCUCUGGCUCAUGUGCAUUGGUCAUUAUCCAGACAUCUGUAUAAAAUAAAAAUUCCCCCUGUCUUGGA